GUCACCGACAUUCUUGUUUGUUUGAAUGGCCUUCCAUCUCUCAAGUCUCUGUAUUUAUCAUAUAACAGGUUCCAUACAACAUUCAACGGUAAGGAUAUAGAUUGUGAUGAUUAUGAUCACGACGGCGUGAUAAGCAUCUUUUUAAUAUUUACUUCAAAAUUGGUUGGCUUCUUCUACAACCUUUGACUAAUACAUGUGUAUACCUUUAGUUUUUGAAACUCUAUCAUCGCAGUUGCUUAGAUUAGAGAUCCUUGACAUAAGUCAGAACACUUUGACUAACGACAUGUUGCCAUCUCUCGGGGGAUUCACAUCUAUGAAGGAACUGUAUUUGUCUGACACUGGAUUGGACUCAGAUAAUCAUAUCCCAGAUUUAUGCUCUAUGUUGAAGAAUCUUGAGGUCCUUGACUUGUCUGGCAACAACUUCAAUGACAGUGAUAUUGCAUCUGCUCUUAGUGAACUUUCAUCUCUAAAGUCUUUAAAUUUAGGAUACACUCAAUUGACUCCAAGAUCAAUUCUUAAUAUAUCGAAAAUAAGGUCUCUGGAGAUUCUUGACCUAGAAGGGAACCAGUUGAAUGAGAGUAUUUUGAGGCGUUUAGAGAAUAAUGGAUUUACAUGGCCAACCAAUUUACAAGUCCUAAGGCUGAGUUCGAACAGUUUCACCAAUGAAUUUCUCUCAUCUCUAACUGGGCUUCAACGUCUCAAAUUCCUUGAUUUAAACUACAAUCAAUUAAAUGGGUCGCUCGAUAUAAGUGGAUUAUUGGCUUUAACCAGUUUGGAGAUUCUUGAUCUAAGUAAUAAUCGAAUAAACAGUUUUGUUGUCCAUCAAGUUUCAGGCUCAAAAAGUCUAAGCAAAUUGGAUGUCCUUACCUUAGAUUACAAUAUGAUAAAUGGAAGCAAACUGAGGGAAUCACUACAACCUUUCUCAUCUAUUAGGGUGCUUUCUAUGAACAAUAAUAAGAUUAUAGGAACAAUCACUGCAGGAGAUUUUCGUGAUUUAGGUAACCUUGAACAAUUGACACUGGACAAUAAUUAUGACCUUGACAAUGAGUUUUUCAGAAGUAUUGGGAAAUUGACUUCUCUGAAAGUUUUGUCUGUUUUUGGAUGUGGAAUAAAUGGCACCCUUCCUCCUGCUGAUUGGUUUAAGUUGAAGAAUCUCGAAGAGUUAGAUCUAAGUCAAAAUCUAUUUGUGGGAUCACUUCCUUCUUCUUUCUUAAACAUGACAUCUCUUCGAAAGUUGGAACUUUCACGAAAUCAAUUUAGUGGACAAUUUGAUUCUAAUAUUGCUACUCUUACAUCACUUGAAUCUUUUGGUUUUACAGACAAUCAGUUUGAAGUUCCUGUUUCUUUUACACCAUUUUCCAAUCAUUCAAACCUUAAGUUCAUAUAUGGUGAAGGCAACAAAGUCAUAUUGGACCUACAACCUAGUAUGCAAACUUGGAUACCUAAAUUUCAAUUACAAGUGCUUAGUUUGCCUUCAAGAACUGAUAUUGAUUCUCUUCCGCUCCCCAGGUUUCUUCUAUACCAAAACAAUUUGACUAGCUUAGAUUUCUCUAGUUGGAGGUUGGAAGGAAAGUUUCCUCACUGGUUGUUUAACAACAACACAAAAUUGACUGAGCUUCUUGUUAGAAAUUGCUCUUUCACAGGUGAAAUCCUGUUACCAUUGCAUCCCCUUACGAAGAUGAGGAGAAUUGAUGUGUCGAACAAUAACAUAACCGGCCAAAUCCCCAGUAACAAUAUUAGUUCAAUUUUACCAAAUUUGCAAUCUCUAAACUUGUCCACAAAUCGCAUCCAAGGUUCAAUUUCUCCUGAGUUUGGGAAAAUGAGCUUAUUGCAGACUUUGGAUUUAUCAGAUAAUCAUUUAUCAGGAGAGAUUCCAAUGAACUUAUCCGGGCAUGGGUCAUUUCUUAAAUACUUGAUACUUUCAAAGAAUAAGCUAGAUGGACCCAUAUUUCCAACUUUGAAAUACUUGGAGGAGUUGUAUUUAGAUGACAAUAGCUUUUAUGGUAGCAUACCAAGUAGCUUUCUUGACUCAUCUCUCAUUCACUUGGAUCUAAGCUAUAAUAAUUUGGUGGGGAAACUACCAAGUGUGGUUGGAAAUUUGUCAUACUUGAAAACACUUUCAUUGUCCAACAAUCAUCUUGAAGGGUCUAUUCCGACAAGGCUAGUGGAACUUGAAAAUUUAUCGUAUCUAGAUAUCUCAGACAAUAAUUUGACGGGUUCUGUGCCAUCUUUUAUCAAUGCUUCGGUGAAUUACAUCCAUUUGAGCCACAACAGGUUAAGUGGUUUAUCCAAAAGAAUGUUCAGCAAUAGAUCUUUCUUGAUGAUGCUAGACCUUAGCUACAAUGAAAUAACUGGUAGCAUUCAAGAUAUGAUGCAAGACCUUGCUCACGCAAGGUUGAACAUACUCCUUUUGAAAGGUAACCGCUUUACAGGACGUUUACCGGAGCAGCUAUGCCAAUUGGUAGAUUUAAAUAUACUAGACCUUUCUUAUAACACUUUUUAUGGUCCAAUACCCAAUUGCUUAGGUAAAAUGCCUUUUGAGAAUGAUGACUCAUUAGGGGGCGCAUUCAAUGGGUAUAUUCGUGGAAAAGAUGCACAUUCAGGGAUUUUAGUACCAAAUAUAAACGUGAAAGCAAACUUCACUACAAAAAAAAGAUCCUACACAUAUGGAGCGAGCAUCCUUGCUUAUAUGUCAGGAAUUGAUUUAUCCAAAAAUAAACUAAAUGGAAGUAUUCCAUAUGAGCUUGGAAACUUGACUAGACUUCGAGCAUUGAACUUGUCUCACAAUGAUUUGAUUGGACAAAUUCCAACUACAUUCUCCAAUUUAGAAUACGUAGAGAGUUUGGAUCUUUCUUUCAACAUGUUAAGUGGUGAAAUUCCUCCUCAACUAAAUCAAUUGAACUCACUUGCUGUAUUUAGUGUUGCACAUAACAACUUAUCAGGGGACACACCUGAGCAAAAAGGCCAAUUUAUUACCUUUGAUGAAAGCAGCUACGAAGGGAAUUCUCUUCUUUGUGGACCUCCAUUAACAAGAAGUUGCCAUCCUUAUGCACAAUCACCUACCAUUUCUCCAAAUGAUGAAGAAGAUGACAGUCCUAUUGACAUGCAUGCUUUUAUUGUAAGUUUUGGUGUGGCAUACACAUCGAUAUUGCUAGUAAUUGUUGCCACUCUCUACAUUAAUCCUUAUUGGAGGCGAGCAUGGUUUUCCUCUAUGGAAUUGAUCAUCUUUAGUUGUUAUUACUUUAUGCAAGAUAACUGGAGGAGGUUUUCAAAUUCUAGAAAUUUGUAAUAUAGUUUAUCUUGCAUCCUUAGAAUGUCUCGUUGUUUGCUAAGAAUUGAUUCAAUCAUGGUCUUCUCAUGUCCUUUUCGCU